AUGGAGUAUGUCAAGUCCAGAGAGCUCUUUGAUUAUAUUGUUGAGAAAGGCAUAUUGCAAGAGGACGAGGGUCGUAAAUUUUUCCAGCAGAUAAUCUCUGAUGUGGAGUAUUGCCACUGCAAUAUGGUUGUCCACAGAGAAUUGAAGCCUGAGAAUUUGCUUUUUGACUUGAGGUGCAAUAUUAAGAUGCCUGACUUUGGGGUCAGUAAUGUCAUGCGUGAUGGUCUUUUUCUAAAGAUGAGUCGUGGAAGCCACAACUACGCUGCUCCCACGAUAAAAACUCAAUGCCUCUUCUCAGUUAGACAUGUAUCUUCAUCGAAUUGCUCCAAGAAGCUCCAGCGAGAUGUAUCUUCAUUCACUGGCAUCGGAUGUGAUGAUUCAAGUGAUGUUGGUGUCUUCAGGUACCGUGUGGAAUUGUCCAUUUCAGAUAAAACCCAUGAUGUUGUGUUCGUCGUAUGUACAGCUUUACGAGUUACAACACCUGGUGGUCUCAAAAUAUUUGACGCAACUGCUGCAACAAGCAGUACAAAUGCUGUAACUAAUAUCAUUUAA